AUGGCCAUCCCCUGGGACUCCAUCCGCUCGCUCGUGCUCUUCUUCGGCCCCGUGCUGCUCCCCAAGGCCAUCUCGUACUACCGCUCGCUGCGCGCCGCCUCGGCCGCCCGCAGCGCGCCCAUCCAGCCCGUCCCGCCGCCCAUCCGCCUCGCGCUGGCCCUCCUCGGUGGCCUGGCGCUGGCCUGCCUCGUCAAGACGCUGCCCGUCUUCGCGCCCGAGAACCUCUUCCUCGCCACCCAGAGCCGCCUGCAGAUCCCCGUCGACGUGCUCUUCAACCGCGUCGCCGCCGGCCGGCCGCACAAUAUCUUGACCCUCGUCGACGAGCGCCUGCGCGCCCGCUUCGUCAACCUCGAGAGCCGCCUGCUGUACUUCCAGUUUGGCCCCGAGGUGGUCGCCCGGUGUCCGUUCUGCUCCGCCGAUGAGCCCAAGAGCUACUUCUACUAUGCACUCCCGGCGCUGCUGUGGCCGCACAUUGCAAAUCUCGUCGUCAUCGCCGUCGUCACAUCGUCCUCGCUGACCGGCCGUCAUGGCGGGCAGUGGCGCUCCCUUGCGACCAUCGGCGCCUGCGUCAUUGCCGCCCUGGACGUCUGGCUCGUCAGCUCCUACAACUACCAGGCCAAUGCCCGCGCCCUGCGGCUCCCAGACAUCGACUUCUUCUUCUGGGAUCUGCGUGUCUACCGCCUCCUCGCCGUCGCCGCCCUGGACGCCGUGCUCGCCUGGUUGCUCUACCUGUCGUCGACCAACCGGGCCUUUGUCGAGCCGCCCUCCGUCGCGCAGCGCGUCGACAUGGCCAACCGCACCCUGCUGCUCGUCCGCAGCAAGCUGAGCGCCCUGGGCAUCGUUAAGAACACGGCGCUGCGGGACGAGGACCUGCGCUCGCGCAGCCAAGCGUACUGGGCCCACGAGGUGCGCCUCAUGUCUGAGAUUAUGGAGGAGCGCGAGGUGAUAGAAGGCGUCAACGAUGCGCUGGGUAACCGCAUCGACAUCCAGACCAUCACGAGGGACGCAGAUUCGUAUGCGCAGAAUGUGUUACAGCCAUUGCAGCCGGCGUCGGCUGAUGGUAGUUAG